AAACAUUGACCCAAGAGAGUUGUUCACACUUGACACACAGUGUUUGUUGCAGAGGGAAUGUACACACCUGCAGCCCAGGCAACCCUGCCUCUCUGCUGCUUUCUGUGUUUCAGUCAUGAAGAACCUUCACUUCAAAGAUUUUUUCUGGUGUCCAGAUCUGACAUCCACUGCUGGCUAUGAUGCCAUCAUUCAGUAUCUCAAUGACGGAAAGAGAACAUGCAAAGAGGUGGAGGACUUCAUGAAAGCUAGGGCUUCGAUCGAAGAGAGGUACGCCAAAGACCUGCUUAGUUUGUCCAAGAAAGUUUGUGGACACAAUGAGAUGAACACAUUAAAAAGAUCCCUGGACGUGUUUAAACUACAGACUGAACAUGUUAGUCUAUCACACUUACAACUGGCGCAGAGUAUGAGGGAAGAGGUCAAGAAACUGGAAGACUUCAAAGAAAAGCAAAAAGAAGCAAGGAAAAAAAUAGAACAACAGAUGGAUGCUCUCCACAAACAGAAGUCCUCACAGUUUAAGAAGACGAUGGAUUCCAAGAAAACAUAUGAGCAGAAGUGCCGUGACAAAGAAGAAGCGGAUCAGAACAUGAACCGAAACACUAACACCAACAACACCAAGCUUGUGGAGAAGCUCCAGUCAAAAGCUCAGCAGGCAAAACUGAACGCAGAAGAAGCAGACAGAUUAUACCAACAGAAUGUCGUAACCCUGGGGAAAAUUAGAGACGACUGGCUGAAGGAGCAUGUGAGCGCCUGCGAGAUAUUUGAAAAACAGUCGAUGGAGCGUAUUAGCUUCCUGAGGAACACAGUGUGGACUCACCUCAACCAGCUUUCGCAGCAAUGUGUCACCAGCGAUGAGCUGUACGAGGAAGUUAGAAGGUCACUGGAGCAAUGUGACAUCCAGGAAGAUAUCGAACACUUUGUGAAUCUCAGACGGACCGGAGACAAACCCGCAGCUCCAGUCGCAUAUGAGAACUUCUACACGGGCCUGAGGUCUCCAACCGGACCACCGCCUUCCCGGGUGCCUCCACCAGCUGUGAGAAGGGGACCGCUUCCUGAUCCAACACAGAACAAUAGAGGUGAUGACGCGCGCCACUCUUUGGUGCAGGACGGAGAUUACAGCGUGAUCCAGUAUUAGCACAUACAUCUCCAGCAGUUUCAGACUUACCCGUUAUAGCCCAUCGCUUCCCCUUUUUAGGCUUCCUGUAAACACACGGUCAUAUCAGAUGGAAAAUUUGUGUCAUAACUAUGUGUACAGACUACGUUUCACUUUAGAUUUCUUCGUGUGUUGAAUGUAGUUUUAUGAAACAAAAGAAGUGGAAGUAGGUUUGAAGUUAAUAUAUAAAAUAAAUGUAUUGAUCACAUUAAGCAAUCACUAUCAGUGUUUUACUUCAUGGAAGAUCACCAGACAUAAAUCUUAAGAUGAUAAUGCAAACUUAAUUGCAGUGUGAAUUCUGCAGUUAGGUUGGAUUAUAUGUUUAUAUUAACUGUGCUUUGAUUUUUUGUUUGUUUCUUUUUGCAUUAACUUAAGACUUUCCCAGAUUUAAACAUGCCAUUUGUUAACCAGUUUUCGUUUCCUUGUUGAUGUGAAAGUGACUGACCGCUGUCUCGUGAGUGGCAAGAUUCUCACGUUUUUAUUGUAAGGAAGAAAAAAAGUCCCAGUCCAAGUUAUUUAUCAACUUGAACUUGUUACAUUUUUGCGAAUUGUUCAAGACAAUAAAAAAAAAAAUCCUCUUUCAAAUCCAUCUUUAUAUAUACGAUGUACAUAUAAAUUAUAUAAUAAAUAAUAUAGACCAUCAAUACUUUCAUUUGAAAUCUCGUGAAAACGAGUUAAAUUAUUGAAGCCAUGCCCUUUGAAUUUGUCGUUCUGCAGACAAAUCUGUAUUUUUAUUAAUGAUUCUGUUAAAAGAAGUUGAGUUUGAGACGGUGGAAAGAGGAAAAAGGAAAUAUUGUUGCUUCAUCCGUCUUCAGAGCAUUUCAUAACUUUUGAAUUUUUUUUCACAUUUUGCAACCAUAAACUUCAUGGCAAGUCGUAUGUAUGUGAUGGAGCAAAACACAACAGAGUGCAUAACUGUUAAAUCAAAGGAAAAACGAUGCAUCGUUUUUAAAUAUUUUUUGAUAAAAAUGACCUGAAAAGUGUGGUGUGAAUUUCUAUUCAGUGCUCGUUAACCCUGUAUGAACCCAGAGCAACCAAAAAGAUCACCUGACCAUGGAAAUGGUUUCUGCACACCGACUGAAACUUGGCAGACUACACACAGGCCUUGUAAAGAGCUAGGGCUAGCUAAGCCUUCAUGUGGCAAACAACCCUAAGAUCCCUCAGAGCGUCCCAGUUGAAAAUCUUCACGAUUGCUGUUCACCAAUAUUCUCCAAAAAAAUAUAUCUCAGAAAACUCUAUGGUAACUGAUGGUUCCACAAAGUACUGAGCUAAACAUAAUGCUUUCCCGACUUUUUUCUUUAUUUGCAAAACAAACAAAAAAUACAAAAAAAAGUGCGAGUUUCCUUUAAUCUUACAAAUAUGUGCUACUUAGUAAUAAUCUGUCACAUAAAAUCCCAAUAUAGUUCACUGGCGUUUACUUGUGUCAAGUUAUAAAAUCUGCACAAGUCGGCACUCCUACUUUUCCAAGAAACUGUAAAUCUUUCUGGACUAGACAGCAGUUCUUAUUGUGGCUACAUAAUCAUUUUUGACUUUUGUCAUUUUCUCCAAAGUGUUGUUCUGUGCCUGUAUAACCAAACAAAUACAUUUGUUUUGUUCCGUUUAUUUUUUAUUUUUUUAUUUUUUACUCCAAACACAGAAAACACUUCCUCCAGGCACGUCAGCAGCGCAGUACCAAUUUCUGAUCUGUCACAUGUUGUGCAGCAUCUUUAUGCACUUUGCUCGGCACGACAUGGUUACUGAAAACCCGCUUCACUUGAUAAAGAAAGCUGUUAAUUUCAGCUGAAAGCUGUAGAGAGAGUUCAGAUCUUAGAAUGACGACACUUCACCCCUCCAUAUGCCAAUGCUACUAUAUAAAUCAGACGUUUUAAUAAGAAAUAUUCAACAUGCCAAGCUCUAAACAUUAUAGAUCUCGGGACCGAAUCUGGAUGUCACGGAAAGAAAA